AUGACAUCCUAUUUCUCCUCCCUAACAUCCUCAAACGCCAUCUCCAACCUAGGCACUCGCCUCAACUCCCUCCGUCGUGCAAUCACCUUAGGCGACGAAGCCGACGACCCCGACAACGAAGACUGCUCCCACAUCUCCAACGUCCUACGCGCGUACUAUGUCGAAAAAGGCCGUCCCUUCCCAGCCUGGCUCCCCCCAGACCCGAAGAACCCAAAUCCACCCCAACCAACCCGAGUCGUCGCGACAACCCAGCUCCCUCCCGCCGCUCCUGGCCAGCCGCCCGCCGCAUCGAGCUACGGAAGAGGAGGCGGAUUGGGCGACCUCUGGGGCGACACGGGAUCCCCAACACCUCCGGCUUCGCAGACGGCAAGUCUCCGUCGGGGUCGGUCGACGCCUAAUGCCUCUGGUGCCCCGUUGGCAGCCGCUGCGAGUGCCCCUGCUGCUGCGGGGCCUAUGAGCACUGGAUCAUCGCCGAUGCCGUCACCUGGUCUUGGACAGCCGGCUGGGGCGAGGCCGUUGCCUAGUCAGCGCGCGGGGUCGUAUCAGACCAUGUCGGGGUCUGGCUCGGGAGCGUCGUCUGCGCAGGAACGGUUGAGGGCGCGCUUGCAGGGGGGAAGGUCGCCGAGUCCAGGGAUGAUUGAUCCGGCAGCGAGGAAGCCGGUUGGGGGGAUGACGCCAAGAUGGGGAUCUCGUUAG